GUAUUUGGAUGUAUUGUAUUUGGGCUAAAAUAACCUCUCACAAGUAUACGAGUUAUCACAGGAAUUUUACCGAUCUGAGAGGAAGAGGCGUUCUAUCACGCAGUAUUUUGCUGAUUUUAAGAGAAUAUAUGAGCAGUUAAAUGCUGUUCUCCCUAUUUCAGCUAAUGUUUAACGGAUGCAACUUCGGAGAGAACAAUUGGCCGUAAUGGGAUUUCUAGGAGGUCUUGGCCCUAAGUAUGAAACUGUCAUAUCUCAAAUUCUUGGAGGAAAGACUGUUGCAUCACUCACAGAUACGUUUGCUCGAGUCUUUCGAGUAUCUUGUGAGUCUUCUCGGGAUUCCACAUCUGUGGUAGAUAAUUUAGCUCUUGUGUCAAGCUCUCGAACCGGUAGUGGGAUUAGGAGUGAUGGUGGAAAUCAUGGAGGAUACAAUGGACGUGGUGGCCGAGGGGGAGGUCGAAGCACAAGAACAGGGAGAAGUCAAGGCCAACCGCAUCUUUAUGGACAACCUCAACCGUCUAUCGAUAACUCGGGGGCAGCCCGAACUUGUCAUUAUUGUGGCAAACAAGGUCAUACUCAGAAGUUUUGCUACAAGUUACAUGGGAGACCAGGGCAGCAACAACAAUUUGCAAAUACAACAUCCGGUGCUGAUUCUUUUCCACGGUCUUCUGAGGGCAAGGUAGUGGUUAUAUCUGAAGAGGAGUUUGCACGGUGCAAUCAAUCUCAGAGUUCAGAGCCUACUUCUUCCAUUGCUACUUUAGAACACACGGGAUUUGGCUACAACAAAGACGAUUGGCAAAGAACGUGAGGAAGGGGGACUGUAUGUGCUUGAAGACUCAACUUCCUUUGCAUGUUAUGGUGUUACUUCUCUACAUCGGAUCCAUUGUUGUCUUGGUCAUCCUUCUCUACACGGUCUUCAGAGAUUAGAUUCCAGUUUUAAGUCUAUUUCUAGUUUAGAGUGUGAGUCAUGUCAACUUGGCAAAUUACGUCGUGUUAGUUAUCCGCCUCGAGUCAUUAAACAAACAGUCUCCUUUUUUGCUAGUUCAUUUAGAUGUUUGGGGACCAUGUCAUGUGACUUCCAAUUUGGGUUUCAGAUAUUUUGUCACUUUUGUUGAUGACUACUCCAGAGUUACUUGGUUAUAUCUAAUGAAAGAUCGUUCAAAGUUGUUUUCUAUAUUUUGUGCAUUUAUAUCUGAAAUUUUUACUCACUUUGGUGUGCAUGUUAAAGUUUUGCGUUCUGAUAACACUAAGGAGUACUUUUAUGCACCUUUUUCUGACUUUAUGACAUAGCAUGGUAUGGUUCAUGAAUCUUCUUGUCCCGAUACACCACAGCAGAAUGGUGUUGCUGAAAG